GCUGGGCGAGCGCGCAGAGCACCUCUGCUCCUCCGACCGCGGGGAGCGGCCCGCAGGUCCAGGAUGGUGCGGGGAGGGCUUGCUGCAACCACGGCGUCCGCGUCUUCCACAUCGCCUCCAAGAAGCCCUUGCGGCCGCGGCGCCCACGAUCUCCGCGGAACAAGAGUUUCACGAAGCCAACCCCCGUCAGGAGGAUCGUGGCGCCACCGCCACAGCCCUUGGGCUGCGCAGCACUGGUCAGGUGCCAGGACUUCUGCCGGCGCGCCGGGAGUUUCGAGGUUCCCUCGCCGGAACUCCGGCGCUCUGCGCUGGGCGGCACCGGAGGGAUACCCUUUAUGAUGCAGCGUGUUCUCCAGUUUGCUGAGACCUGGUUCGAGCCGAUCCAAGAACCCCGAAGCUACGACUGGCUGGGGAAGCACCGG